UCCUCCUAUAAAUACACCCCUUUAGCUCUCGCAUUUCACGGCACCAACAUAUUCUACUAAAGUAUACUCUUGUUGCUUAAUUCCUCCUUCACCUUCGUUCGUUUGGUCUUUUUCAAGAGCUAUCAUGGGUGUUCUGACUUAUGAAACGGAGGUUGCUACUGGAAUCCCCCCAACCAAGAUGUUCAAGGUCUUUGUGCUAGAUGCUGACAACAUUAUCCCUCAGAUUCUGCCUCAGGCCAUUAAGAGUAUAGAGAUCCUUGAAGGAAAUGGAGGGCCUGGAACUAUUAAGAAGACUACCUUUGCAGAAGGUAACGAAUUCAAGUAUGUGAAGAACAAGAUUGAAGCAAUAGACAAAGACAAUUUCACGUAUUCCUACACUUCCAUCGAAGGAGAACCAUGGAUAGACACAUUAGAGAAAGUUUAUUAUGAGGUAAAAAUAGUACCAUCUGCUGAUGGGGGAUCCAUUUGCAAGACCACAAGCAAGUACUACCCAAAGGGUGAUAGUGAGAUCAAUGAAGCCCUUAUCAAGGCUGGUGAAGAAAAAAUCAUGGGAAUGUUCAAGGUUAUUGAAGCCUAUCUCUCGGCAAAUCCUGGUGCCUACAACUAAAAAUCCCAUUAUCAUUGUCAGAUCAUAUGUAGCGUCCCCUGUGUUUCGGUGCCGCUGUACUUGAAAGUCAUUGAUCAUUCUCCUCUUUUUUACAUCUUUCCCCCCUGGGCAAAACCACUUUUGUCCUGGUAAUAAAACUUGAGGGUUCUGUUGAA